AUGUCGCUCUGCUGCUGCAGCAGCAGCACCGCCGCCGGCCGCGGCGUUCUCCUCCCUAGCCUCCUCCUCGGGCGGCGCCACCGUCCGCAUCACCCCCUCCUCAACCGCCGGACCACUGCGACCGUCGCCUCCUCCUCUGCCGCCGCUGCCACCACCUCCUCCCUCUCGCCGCCGCAGCAGCGCCAGGUCACCGUCUUCGUGGACACUCUCCUUGAAUGGAACCAGAGGAUGAACCUCACCGCCGUCACCAACGAGGCCGAGGUCAUGACGCGCCACGUGGCGGACUCCCUCGCCAUGCUGCCACCGCUGGAGCGCGCGUACCGCGGCCGUUCCACCUCCGCUGGCGGCGCUAUCGACGGGGUCAGCCUUAUCGACGUUGGCUCCGGCGCCGGGCUCCCGGGCCUGAUCCUUGCCGUUGCGCGGCCGAGCUGGAAAUUUACACUGUUGGAGUCGAUGCGGAAGCGAUGCACCUUCUUGGAGCAUGCCGUUGAAGCCAUGGAAUUGUCAAAUGUGGACGUGGUGUGUGACCGAGCUGAGAAAGUUGGCCAAAGUCUUGAUUUCAGAGAGAAAUAUGAUAUAGUAGCUGCAAGAGCCGUUGCUGAACUGAAAGUUCUUGUGGAGUAUUGCAUCCCAUUGGUUCGCAUUGGUGGUUUGUUUAUAGCUGCAAAAGGACAUGAUCCCCAUGAAGAAGUAAGAAAUGCAGAAGGUGCAGUACGGAAAUUGGGUGGUUCCAUGCUUGAGUUAUGUAAUGGUAUUGUCUCCUGCUUUUAA